GUGUGGAACCGACAGCCGCAGCGAGCGCACGUCGCCGACCCGCGGAUUUACGAACGUAAACUCGAAACGAAACAUGAGGACGAAUUAUAUAAUUUAAUUUUAAUGUGUAUUGUGCUGUGUUGUGACUUAGUGCUUUAUUAACGAUGGCGCUCUUUUUGUGUGUAUUUGCCUGCGCCCUCGCUGGUGCCAUCGGCUUCAAUGUGGACAUCCCGUCCAGGGUGGUGUACACGGGGAACUAUCAGUCCAUGUUCGGUUUCACCGUCCAGUCCCAUGUGGAUGGUGAUAGAAAAAUGAUCCUAGUGGGAGCGCCAGAGGACGAGCCCUAUCACGUGAAUGGAGUGCGGAGGCCCGGCGCCGUCUACCGCUGCGAGCCUGGCCGAGGCUACCCGCCCGAGGACUUCGCUAACCCCCUGCAGAGUUGCAGCCUUAUGGAGUUCGACAAGAAUAGAAACAACAACGUGGACAGUUCUCAUCGCCAGAUCGACCAGAAGUCCAAUCAGUGGUUUGGUGCAACUCUCACCAGCACUGGAAGAAAUGGACCCAUUGUGGCCUGCGCUCCCCGCUACGUCUCUUUCGUGACAGCCAAGUUGAACCAGCGGGAUCCGGUGGGAUCCUGUUUCGUCGCUAAAACGCCAGAUGCGGUUGAUGUGAAUGAGUUCUCACCUUGUCGAAACUGGUUCCGCACGCAGGACGAUGCAAGUCAUGGUCAACGUAAGACAGGAGUGUGCCAAGCUGGUUUUUCAGCGGCUGUAUCAAAGGAUGGACAGAGGCUUUUUAUGGGAGCGCCUGGUAGCUUUUACUGGCAAGGGAGAACGUUAUCGCUAGAUCCUAGUGCAAGGUUCAACUACUAUAUGCCGAAGGAAGGUCAACUUAAGGUGCAGACACUAAAUCAAAGGCCAGUUUUAAUAUCAACACCUGAAGCCAGCCCGAAGUAUGAUGACUCUUACAUGGGAUAUUCUGUGACUGUUGGUGACUUCGCUGGUCAAGGUAUACAAGGAGUAGCAGUCGGUGUACCGAGAGGAUCUGAAUUAAGAGGAUUGGUCGUAUUGUAUACUUGGGAACUCCAAAACAUUAAGAAUAUCAGCGGCUCCCAGAUAGGAGCUUACUUCGGGUAUAGCUUGGCCAGUGGUGACAUUGAUGGUGAUGGAGCUGAUGAUAUUAUUGUUGGAGCUCCAAUGUUCACCAAGCCAAAGAGUGAAGGGUAUGAACAUGGCAGAGUGUACGUUAUUUACCAAGGGAAGAAUAGGUCAUUUUCAAAGAAUCAUGCAAGAACUGGCGAAGUAUCACGAGGCAGAUUUGGUCUCGCAGUCACUUCACUUGGUGACAUCAAUUACGACGGUUUUGGAGACAUAGCAGUGGGUGCCCCAUACGGUGGUGAGAACGGGCGCGGAGUAGUAUACAUCUACCACGGGAGUGAAGUGGGUAUCGGGGAGAAGUACUCCCAAGCGAUCACAGCUGAGGAGAUCAGCCCCAUGCUCACCACGUUUGGCUUCUCCUUGUCUGGGGGAGUGGACUUGGACAAUAACAACUAUACUGAUCUGGCUGUUGGCGCUUAUAAAUCGGACAGUGUUGUGUUCUUGAAAUCCCGCCCUGUUGUGAAAGUGAUGGCGGACGUGAAGUUCAUGGGUGAGAGUAAGCUGAUCUCUCUGACGGACAAGCGCUGCCGGCUCGCCAACGGCACGCAGGUUGCGUGUGCGCAGCUCAUGUUCUGCCUCACCUACAAUGGCGUUAAUGUGGACCAGCAGAUCAAUUUCGAAGUAACCUUAGACCUGGAUUCCCGCCAAAAGACCAGCAAGCGGAUGUUCCUGAUGGAGAGCAGACAAACAGUUUACAAGACGCACAUUUUGCUGACUCAGGGGCAACAGGAGUGUAAAGAAGCUAUGGUCUAUCUAGAUGAGGAGAUCCGCGACAAGCUGACGCCGCUGGAGGUGCGGCUGAGCUACGAGCUGGUGCAGGCGGCGGGCGCGCCGCCCGCGCCGCUCGUGCCGCCCGUGCUGGACCGCGCGCGCGCCGCCGCCGCCGACGCGCUGCACAUACAGAAGAACUGCGGCCCCGACAACGUGUGCGUGCCCGACCUGCGCAUGGCCGUCACCACGCCCGUGGUGAAGUACGUGCUGGGGUCGGGCGCGGACGUGCCGCUGGAGGUGCGCGUGGACAACGCGGCGGAGGACGCGUUCGAGGCCGCCUUCUUCCUGCGCCUGCCGCCCGGCGUUACCUAUGCGCGGAUGGAGCGCCUCGAUACUGAUCAUGCGGACACACAACCAAUCUACUGCUCGAUAAAGAAACACGACAACGAUGGCAACACAACCCUUAAAUGCGAUCUUGGAAACCCAAUGGCUACUGGUGAAAGUGCAAGCUUUCGCGUGAUCCUGGAGGUGGACUCCCACGUGACGUCGCUGGACUUCGACAUGGAGGUGAACUCUACCAACCCUGAGCAGGGCACCGACUUUGACAACGUGAGGCAUCUGCCCAUUGGUGUUGUGAUCAAGGCCGAGCUCUCUGUCAUCGGUACAUCAGAUCCACCGGAGCUCCAUUACAACGCAUCGCUGUACGACUCGCAAAACCUAAAAGACGACACCAAGCUCGGGCCUCAAGUGAUUCAUAAGUACAACAUCAAGAACGAGGGCCCCUUCACUGUGGACGAGGCGGAAAUAUACAUCAUGUGGCCCUAUCAGACCCUCACUGGCGAGAACCUGGUGUACAUGCUGGUGCAGCCGCAGUGGGUGGGCGCGCUGCAGUGCGACGCGGCGCGCCACGUCAACCCCGACAACCUGUUCGUGCAGAACCCCUACGCCUUCCUGCUCGCCAAGGAGAAAGAAGCUAUGAUGAGCAGUGACUUGUAUUCCGCCGCUCAGGUGGGUGGUGCUGGAACCUACUAUGGACAGAAAUACUGGGAAGAAAAUUAUUCAAGCGGCACUGGCGGAUAUCAAACAGGCGGCGCUCAAGCGGGUGGUGCUCAAUUUGGUGCAGCCGGUGGCCAAUUUUCUAGUCAAGGACAGGCCAGUCAAAGUGGUCAUUACGGUCAAUCUGCAAGUCAAGGUGGUCAAUUUAGUCAGAGUAGUGGCCACGCUAGUCAAGGUGGCAAAUUCAGUGAAAGUGGUAGUCAAUUCAGUCAGAGUGGUGGCCAAUUUAGUCAGAGUGGAGGUCAAGCUAGUCACGGCAGUCAAUUCAGCCAAAGCGGAAUGUCUAGUGGUCACGUUGGUGGUAGCUCUGGAUCAGUGGGCGGUCAAGGAGGAAUACACACCUACAAUCGUACCUGGACUAGUCAGGAUACCCUGACCGCAGAAGAAAGGGAAGCAUUAAGAAAAAAUUUGGAAGUGCUAGCUAAAAACUCCAAUUAUCAAACUGGCCGCGGUUUUAAUCAAGGAUCACAAAGUGAAAAUCACUUUUAUCAGAGUCAGGGUCAGGGUCAGAGUCAAGGACAGGGGAAUUAUGGAAGCGUGAACUACGGACAAUCACAAGGAGGAUACCAAAGCCAGGGUAAUUACCAGGGCCAAGGUGGAUAUGGACAGAAAGUCUAUGUGUCUGGUGGACAAGGACUUGAAGGUGCGGAUGGUCGCAUAGUGCGGGUGAAGAACCGAACUGUGAUCUACGAUUCGAACCACAACAUUAUCUCUCAGACUGAAACAAGCACGGAGUACGGAUCGCUGGGCCAUGAGGGUGAAGCUGGUAGCUCGUUUAAUACCUACCUCAACAACCAAGGAAGUAACUCUGGUUCCUCGCAAGGCUUCAUCCACGGCUCGUGGGCGACCACGGAAACUGUCAACCCCAAUAUCAUGAACGUUGGCUCUGCGUCGUUUGGGGGUGGCUCUGACGUCACAGUAGUGGGAGACGAAGAAGAGGACAAACUCGAAGGUUUCGGAGCGUACGCUGCUCAGAGCUCUAACAACGAAUUUAAAGUAGGAAUGGCUGAUGUGACCGGUGCUGUUAACUCCGGAAGACAGGGCCAAGGAUUCCAAAGCGGGCAGAGCUUCCAAAGUGGGCGUGGGUACCAAAGUGGGAGUGUCCAAAGUGGAGCCCAGGGUAGUGGCUUCCAGAGUGGAGGGUACCAGGGCGGUUACCAAGGAAACGUGGCUGGUGGUGCUUAUGGAUCUAGCGGAGGAUACUCGUAUUCAUCGAGAUCAGGUGGACAUUCUUACUCCCGCUCGGGUGGUAGUUUCAGUUCAUCGUCCGAACAACGACAUGAGAGCACGCGGCGCCGGCGCCAAGAUGAGGUGGACCCGUCGCUGAUGGAGAUGCUGCGGCGCUGCGAGGAGAAGUACAAGUGCGAGGUGGUGCGCUGCCGCACCGGCCGCCUGCUCAAGGGGCAGGAGGUGUGGGUCGCGCUGCGGGCCAGGAUCAACGCCACUGUGCUUAAUGAGAUAUCCGCGGAGCACGCGGUGAAGCUGUCGACGCUGGCGGCGGCGCGCGUGUCGCGGCUGGCGCUGGGCGGCGCGGGGGCGGGUGCGGGCGGGGGGGCGCGCGCGUGGCGCACGGGCGAGGCGCACACGGUGGUGUCGCCGCGGCUGGAGCGCGCGGGCGGCGCCGUGCCGCUGUGGGUGAUCGUGCUGGCCGCCGUGCUCGGCGCGCUGCUGCUGCUGCUGCUCGUGCUCGCGCUCUACAAGUGUGGCUUCUUCAAACGCAACCGACCCUCAGACCACGCCGAGCGCCAGCCGCUGAACGGUCGCGACGAGCAUCUCUGAUAUCCGACCACCGAUCUCGGCCUCGCCACCGACGCCGCCACUACCGACACGCGCGACACGACCGACACGCGUGACACUAGCGACUCUUCCGUUUCCGACAGACACGGCUCGUACAGCUCGUCCACCGACGCGGCGAGUGACGUUACCAGCCACGACACCACCAGCAUCGACCGCUACUGACAGAAACCCAUUAUUAUCAAAUUCUAAGUGCAAAGUGACGGUAUUACAAGUACAAUCAAACAAUACAAACGAAAUUGUGAACGUUUUAAUAAAAAAAACUCCUUAAAAGUAAAGGUAGCUUUCUGCCUCAUAUUUAUAAGAAAUCAAGUAGGAUUCGCCAAUUUUCACAUAGAAUUGAGUAAAUGUAGACGUCGCACAAAAUUAUAUUUUCGAGUCGCCCACGUCGGUGUGUCUCUGUACAAUAAUUCGAUUAGAUUAUGUAAAUAAUUAUAAUAAUAAAAAAAAUCCUUAAAUAUUUUUAAUUUAAAAAUAUUUUAAGGGACGAUAAAUAUUUAAAAAUGAUACUAACUUAACUAGUCACGAAUAGAUGAUCACGCGGUAUCCACGUGGGUUCGGCAUGUGUUGAAUUAUGUGAUCUAUGUUGUAAUGUUUAGGUGUAUUUUUGCUUGACGCUGGAUUUUGAAUGUCGUUUUUAUAAAUAACUAUAUGAAACGAACUCUAUAUUUAAAUAAAACGAUAUUUUUUCAUUGCCUGUUGAUAAUAGAAUAUAAUUAAUUAAAUAAAUAAUAGUUAAAUAUACACUUUUAAACGGGGUUUCAUUUCAUUAUUAAAAACGAGCGCAUAUGAAAUAUGCAAGCUAUCGCUUUCUCACUCUAACACAUUAACAUGAACCCUUGAAAGAGCGAGAUGGGAGCAUCGAGCUAACCUCUAUUAACACUAUUAUCAUCAAGCAAUGAAAAAACUAGUUUUCCAAUAAUAUAAAUUUAUAUGUAUAUUAAUAGAAUUAUUCAUGUAAAAGUAACUUUUUGGAAGGCAUUUUAAUUAAAUUUUCGUCGUUGGCUCUGCAAUGUAUUAUUUAUAAUUUUUUUUUAGGAGGGCAAUUUAUUUACUUAUUUAUAUGAAAAAUGUAAUUUCAUUCGAGAAAUAUUU